UGUCCUCGUUCGGCGCUUUAGAGACUGUCGACUUUCAAAGUCGCAAAUUGUUCUACGCUCUAUCGUGUUUGACUGCGGUGUUCGUGUAGGGACGGUCAUCAGCUGAAGAUGCACUCUGCCAGCGCGUAUGUAUUGCUCUUAAGCGUUGACUUAGUUGCACUUUAUGUUUUUGAUUACAUUUUACCUUUGACGUUUCAUCAGGUUAACAAAUUGCUUUGCCAAUGGAUCGCGUCAGUGACUAGAUUCGUGCUGUUGAGUGCAGUAGGUUACUGGACAAGGCAGAGUUCGAACUCUGUGUUGAGGCGCUGGCUUGUUACUCACUGUUUCCUUGGUACAGUGUUCGAAACUGGGCAUUUCGUACUUCUUGACAGUAAUUCGUUUAAAACAUCAUGGGGUUGGUUGUCCUGUGUUCUUGCCGGUUCAUUUUCUUGUCUGUUUUGGGAGUUCUCAUUCCCUGACCAGAAUGAUGGGAGUAACGGUAAACAACAAAAGCAAAAGGCGCGUGUGCUUCUUCAGCGGGUCAUUCUGCUGUACAAACCGGACUACCUGCCAAUGAUGGGAGCAUGCAUCUUUCUCUCAACAGCUGUUCUCUGUGAGAUGUUCAUUCCCUUUUACACUGGACGGGUGAUUGACAUCCUGAAGUCGCAGUAUCAGUGGGACGACUUCAGGACUGCAAUCCUCUUCAUGGGCCUGUUCUCUUUAGGAAGUUCCAUCAGCGCUGGAUGCAGAGGGGGCCUCUUCAUGUGUGCCAUCAACAGUUUCACCACAAGAGUGAGAACCAUGCUCUUCAGAGCACUCAUGAAUCAGGAAAUUGGGUUCUAUGAGACUGUCAAGACAGGUGACCUCACUUCUAGGCUGUCAAUUGACACCACACUGAUGGCACGAGCAAUAGCCUUGAAUGUCAAUGUCAUCUUACGGAGGUCGAUCAAGACUGUAGGCAUGCUGUCCUUGAUGCUCAACCUUUCUUGGAAGCUCACGUUACUAAUGCUACUGGAGACACCAGUAACUGGAUUGCUUCAGAACAUACAUGACUCGUACUAUCAGAAACUUUCUAAAGAUGUGCAGAACUCCAUUGCACGAGCCAAUGAUGCUGCAGAAGAGUCAGUGGCUGGUAUCCGUACAGUUCGAGGCUUCAACACGGAGAAGAGUGAAACACAGCGGUAUACCCAAUGCCUGAUAGACACUCACAACCUCAGGACCAAAAGAGAUACUGUUAGAGCCGUGUAUCUGCUUUUGCAUAGGAUUACAGAGCUUGGCAUGAAGGUGGUCAUGCUUUUCUAUGGGAGGCAAAUCAUCCAAUCAGGAGAGAUGACCACAGGCACUCUGGUGUCAUUCAUCCUCUACCAGUCAGACCUGGCAGAAAACAUUAGAUCUCUUAUCUACAUCUUUGGUGACAUGCUGAACUCGGUGAGUGCCGCUGGUAAGGUGAUUGAGUACCUGGACAGGAAGCCACAGGUGAACACAGAGGGAACCCUGCAGCCUGACAUCCUGAAGGGCCACAUCCAGUUCCACAACCUCACCUUCACCUACCCCACCCGGCCCGACCAGAAGGUGCUGAAGGACUUCUCUUUGGAACUGAGGCCUGGGCAGAUGACGGCCCUGGUGGGGUGUUCAGGGGGAGGCAAGACCACCUGUGUUGGGCUACUGGAGCGGUUCUACCAGGCCCAGGAGGGAGAGAUACUGCUGGACGGACAACCACUACAGGAUUAUCAACACAAAUACCUGCACAGGAAGGUGGCCAUGGUGGGACAGGAGCCUGUUCUCUUCUCUGGUUCAGUGAGAAACAACAUCACCUAUGGCCUGGGGGAGUGCUCCGUGGAACAAGUAGAGGAGGCUGCCCGCAAAGCCAAUGCCCACGAGUUCAUCUCAAAGCUGGAGAAAGGCUACGACACAGAUGUGGGUGAGAGGGGAGGCCUGCUGUCGGGCGGUCAGAAGCAGCGUAUAGCCAUCGCCCGGGCGCUGAUCAGACAGCCGCAGGUGCUCAUACUGGAUGAGGUCACCAGCUGCCUGGACACGGAGAGCGAACAAAUGGUCCAGAAAGCGCUGGCAUCCUCCCCCAACCAGACCCUGCUGGUGAUCGCUCAUAGGCUGAAGACCAUCGAGAGGGCGGACCAGAUUGUUGUCAUUGACAACGGCACAGUCAUCGAAAAGGGCACUCACCAAGAGCUCAUGGAUAAGCAGGGAAGCUACUACAGGCUUAAAGAGAGGCUCUUCAAUGACAGUUAACUAUCCAACAAACUAUCCCACUAGUCACACAUUCCAGUUUUCCAUUAAUGCACAGUAAAAAAGCUGUGUGAAUUCAACAUUUGGCAAGUACAGAAUCAAAUACAAUUUUCUCUUAGUGUAAUAAACUCUGUUUCUAUUCAUUUUAGCUUGCGAUACUUUUUUUUUCAAAAUGUAUCCUUUAUUUAUCCAGGAUUGUCCCAUUGAGACUAGAGUCUCUUCUGCCAAGGAGUCCUGGUCAAAAUACAGUAUGUAUAUAUUUAGAAAACACAGUAGAGGUGGGAACUCGCAAAUAGCUCAUGAAUAGACAGAGCACCAAGAAUGUUUCGACAAAAGUGCUUCAAUAACAGAUAAACAAAUUAAGAUUUUUUUUUUUCAAAAAUCACACCUUCCUGUUUCCAUCCAUGUUCAAUAUGUAUAUAGUGUGUUUUCAGAAAAGGAGUAUUUUUGUGUUCCUUGUUUCUUGUGAUAUGAGUUCUGUUUUGCACCUUGUAAGACAAGGAAGUGCUGGUUACUUGUCUUUUCUUGAAAUUUUUGUUUCUUUAUGUGUCAU